GCUCCCCGCUGCCCCCGGGCCCAGCCGCAGCAUCGCGGGAGCCGCGGCCAUUGCGGCCGAGGCGGGGCCGCUCCCGCUCUGCCCCGGCCAUGAGGAGGAGGAGGAGGGCGGCGGCUCCGCGCUGAGCCCCCCGCGGGCCGAGCUGAGCCCCCGCCGGAGGCUCAGAGCCCCUGGACGCCGCCGGGCUGAAUCCCCGGACACUGCUGAGCCCCCGGACUGACGGCUCUGAGCCCCCCUAGACCCUGCUGAGUCCCCAGACUGGAACUGCUGAACGUCCCCGGACACUGCCGAGAUCCCCCGGACGCUGCUGAACGCCCGGACUGACGGGGCUGAGCACCCCCGGACACUGCUGAGCCCCCGAACUGACAGGUCUGAGCCCCCCACGGACGCUGCUGAACCCCAGGACUGGAGGUGCUGGAUCCCUCAGGACAGUGCUGAGCCCCCCCCACCCCAGACAUUGCUGAGCCCCCCAGGAUCCUGCUGACCCCUCGGACUGACGGGGCUGAGCCCACCCCGGACACUGCUGAAACCCCUCGGACACGGCUGACCCCUCGGACUGACGGGGCUGAGCCCCUCAGACACUGCCGAGCCCCCCGGGCCAGUUCUGAUCUCGGGGCUCUGCCGCAGGUGAGGCCGGGGGGGUCCGUGCCGGGCUCCCCUCGCUUGCUCCUUCAGCCCCGGCUCCGUUAUCCCGAGCGAUCCCCUGGCUCCCGGCUCCGUUAUCCCGAGCGAACCCCUGGCUCCCGGCUCCGUUAUCCCGAGGGAACCCCUGGCUCCCGGCUCCGCUCCCCCCGCUGUCCCUGAUCCCGGCUUUCCCGGGAGCUUUGGUUAAUCCGGGCUCAGCCGGGCUGGGAUCAGCGGUGUGCGAGCCGCCCUAAGCCAGCCCCGGCGCCGGGCUCUGCUCGGCAGCUCCCCGAGGAAGCUCCGCUGGGCCGCGAGGGAGCAUCCAAAUAUCCCUGGAAAACCGCGCGGGGGCUGCCUAUGGCACUUGGAGAAUUAUCCAGUGGUUUGGUGCUGAGGGAAUUCUGUGGGAGCAUGGCUGGAGCAGGACACGGAGUCUGGGCACAGAAUGCAGGCAGUGAUGUGGGCUGCUGCUCCCUGCCUGCCCGGUGGCUCCGUGCCGUGGGACUGUGACCCCGCUGUGCUCCUGCUGUUGCUGGGUGCCAGGAGCCAUGAGGAGGUUUGGCUACUGCCGGGUGGUGCUGGCCACCUCGCUGCUCUGGGUGCUGCUGGACGUGUUCCUGCUGCUCUACUUCAGCGAGUGCAACAAGUGUGAUGACAGCAAGGAGCGCUCCCUGCUGCCCGCCCUGCGCGCCGUGAUUUCCCGGAACCAGGAGGGCCCGGGGGAGAUGGGCAGGGCCGUGCUCAUCCCCAAGGAGGAGCAGGAGAAGAUGAAGGAGCUGUUCAAGAUCAACCAGUUCAACCUGCUGGCCAGCGACCGCAUCGCGCUGAACCGCAGUCUGCCCGACGUGCGGCUGGACGGGUGCAAGAGCAAGGUGUACCCAGAGCAGCUGCCCAACACCAGCGUGGUGAUCGUGUUCCACAACGAGGCGUGGAGCACGCUGCUCAGGACCAUCCACAGCGUGCUGGAGCGCUCCCCGCCGCGCCUGCUGGCCGAGAUCCUCCUGGUGGAUGAUGCCAGCGAGAGAGAGUUUUUGAAGGCCUCGCUGGAGAACUACGUGAGGAAGCUGGAGGUGCCCGUCAGGAUCCUGCGGAUGGAGCAGAGGUCGGGGCUGAUCCGGGCACGGCUCCGAGGGGCAGCAGCCGCCAAGGGCCAGGUGAUCACAUUCCUGGAUGCCCACUGUGAGUGCACCCUGGGCUGGCUGGAGCCUCUGCUGGCCAGGAUCAAGGAGGACAGGAAAACUGUGGUGUGUCCCAUCAUCGACGUGAUCAGCGACGACACCUUCGAGUACAUGGCGGGCUCGGACAUGACCUACGGGGGCUUCAACUGGAAGCUGAAUUUCCGCUGGUACCCCGUGCCCCAGAGGGAGAUGGACCGCAGGAAAGGGGACAGGACCCUGCCCGUCAGGACCCCAACUAUGGCUGGUGGCCUGUUUUCUAUUGACAGGAACUACUUUGAAGAGAUAGGAACUUACGAUGCAGGAAUGGAUAUCUGGGGUGGCGAGAAUCUUGAAAUGUCCUUUAGGAUCUGGCAGUGUGGAGGCUCCCUGGAGAUCGUCACCUGCUCCCACGUGGGACACGUGUUCCGCAAGGCCACCCCCUACACCUUCCCGGGGGGCACCGGCCACGUCAUCAACAAGAACAACCGCAGGCUGGCCGAGGUCUGGAUGGACGAGUUCAAGGAUUUCUUCUACAUCAUCUCCCCGGGGGUGGUGAAGGUGGAUUAUGGAGACGUUUCUGUGAGGAAGGCCCUGCGGGAGAGGCUGGGCUGCAAACCCUUCUCCUGGUACCUGGAGAACGUGUACCCCGACUCGCAGAUCCCGCGGCGCUACUACUCCCUGGGAGAGAUCAGGAAUGUUGAAACCAACCAGUGCUUGGACAACAUGGGCCGCAAGGAGAACGAAAAAGUGGGAUUUUUCAACUGCCAUGGCAUGGGAGGAAACCAGGUGUUCUCCUACACGGCGGACAAGGAGAUCCGCACGGACGACCUGUGCCUGGACGUGUCGCGGCUCAACGGCCCCGUCCUCAUGCUCAAGUGCCACCACCUGAGGGGCAACCAGCUCUGGGAGUACGAUGCUGAGAAGCUCACCCUGAGGCACCUGAACAGCAACCAGUGCCUGGCGGAGCCGUCGGACGAGGACCGGCUGGUGCCCACCGUGCGCGACUGCGGCGGCGGCCGCGCCCAGCAGUGGCUGCUGCGCAACAUGACCCUGCCGGCGUGAUUCCCGCUUCCCAUCCCGCUGCUCCUGCUGCUCCCAGCAGUGCCCAGCCCGCUCCCGGCCCCAGCAGAGUCACCGAGGGGCUCCUGGUGCCGCCGUGCCCUUGGGACUCCUCCGGGCCUCCAGGUGAUCCAGGAUUGCUGGUACCGGCACCAGCGGGCUCCAGGUUCCAGAGGCAGCGGCUGACCCUGGAGAAGAUGGGAUAUGGAGGCAUUGCUGUCACUCUAGAGAUUCCAGAGGCAGCAGCUGACCUUGGAGAAGAUGGGAUAUGGAGGUGUUGCUGUCACUCCAGAAAUCCCAGAGGCAUCAGCUGACCCUGGAGAAGUUGGGAUGGGGAGGUGUUGCUGUCCCUCUAGAAAUUCCAGAGGCAUUGUCUGACCUUGGAGAAGUUGGGAUAGGAAGGCAUUGCUGUCACUCUAGAAAUUCCAGAGGCAUUGUCUGACCCUGGAGAAGUUGGGAUAGGAAGGCAUUGCUGUCACUCUAGAAAUUCCAGAGGCAUCAUCUGACCCUGGAGAAGUUGGGAUAGGAAGGCAUUGCUGUCACUCUAGAAAUUCCAGAGGCAUCGUCUGACCCUGGAGAAGUUGGGAUAGGAAGGCAUUGCUGUCACUCUAGAAAUUCCAGAGGCAUUGUCUGACCUUGGAGAAGAUGGGAUAUGCAGGCAUUGCUGUCACUCCAGAGGCAUCAUCUGACCUUGGAAAGGUGGGGUAUGGAGGUGUUGCUGUCACUCCAGAGAUUCCAGAGGCACCUUGGAGAAGGUGGGAUAUGGAGGUGUCGGUGUCACAUGUCACCCCAGAGAGGUGGCCCAGCCUAGAGGCCCUGUGGCACCAGCUGGCACUGGGAGCCAUCCUGGGAGGUGUGGCCCGAGCCGGUGGGAUGUGCUGGGCUCUCCUGGAGGAGAUCCUGGUGAAUCCUGGGUGUUCUCUCGUGCCCAGUGGGAUUUGACAGCACCAAAGCUUCCUGGGUUGUGCUGGGAAAAAACGGGAUUCAGCGUUGGGAAAACCAGGCCAGGAGUGCACUUCACCAGGAAUUCCAGCAGAUGAGGCCACAGGAGACAUGGGAAUGCCGAGGGGAAGGAGUGACACUUGUGGGACCUCGGGGUGGCAUGGAGGGAGCUGUCCCCUCCUUCCAUGGGAACGGAGCUGGGGCUGGACCUGGGGCUCAGGGGACACCUGGAAGGACCAAAACUGAGACCUCUGGAGCUUGGAGGUCUCCAUCACAUCCAUGAGUCCCUGCAUCCCAGCCGUGUCCCUGGAUCCGCUCCCAGCUCUGCCUCCAGGUGUUCUCUGGAAUCACAGGGGCUCCUUUCUGGUUUCAGGAAUCUGGGGGCUCCAUCCCUGUGUGGGUGUGGCUGUUCCCAAAGCGCUGCUGGCCCUCAGGAGCUGCUCCCUGCUGGGAUGUGGGGACAGGGACAUUCCUCUGGGAGCCACCCCGAAUGCAGCCCUGGCCCUCUGGGCUGGGAUUCUGGGAAUUCUCACUGCCCAGAGGGUUCAGGAGACUGAAAUCCCAGGGCAGCGGGAUCCCAGCACGGGUAAGUGGGGAAAUAUUUCCCAGGAUUUCCCUCACAAUUCCCCAAAAAUCUCUGUAAAUGCACUGGGUCAUUAAAAAU